AUGAUAUUAGAUUCUUUUACAGCAAUUUUUAAAUAAUUUUAAAUUAAUAACUUUAAAUUUUUUAUAUUAUUAUAUUUAGAAAACAAAUUGAAUUUUGAAUAAAAAAUUAAGCAAAUAAAGAAAAAUGAUAAUGGAAAGAACCUUAGAUUUUGUUAUUCAACUUUAAAAUAGAUUGUUGAAUAAAUAAUAAAUAAUAAAGAAAGAAAGAAAUAAUUUAAUUGUUUUGUUUGCCACGUCAAUCUGACAGAGUGGUAAAAGAUAUUAGGAUGA